AUGGCGUCACAUAUUCCACAUUUAUGUCUUUGUAAAAUCAUUAAUUUUCUAAUAAACGAUAAUCACCACCAAAAAUCCGCUUCUUUAUUGUAUCCUUGUCUGCUUGUUAAUCGUCAUUGGUGCCAAACAGUAAUUCCGUAUAUUUGGAAAUCAGCACUCAACAUAGAAUUAAAUUCCGCGAGAAACAAAAAAUCGUUGUUUAAUACUUUAAAGAAAUUAAACAAAAAGAGCUCUUCCCCAUCGUUUCCCUAUUUGAGUUAUAUCAAAUCUCUAAAUAUUUCGUUAUUAAUUCGACUGUCAAUCGAUACUCUCAACAAUAAGCAGGAUGCUGACGAAUCAAUUAGAAAAAUAAACGAUAAAAUAGAGUUGGCAAAUUUGAUAUUUCAGAAGAUAGUUGAAAACAACGAAACUCGCCUUUCGCACCUAAAUAUCGAAUUUAAUACCUCCGUCUCUCAGUUAUUAUGUUCCAAAGAAAACUUAACAAAAAAAAUCUUGAACCGUUGGAAUCCGUAUUCACUAAAAGGCGCGGCAAUCACAUGUUCGAAUUUAAUCAGUUUGAAUUUAAAUGAUAAAUAUAGUUCAUGGAUAUUACCGAUUGCUGCGAGAAUUAGUAGAAAUAUUUGUGAAAUUAAUAUUAAGAUUAGUUCAAAUGACUUUAAGUUUUCACAAAAUGCUUAUCCAGGGAUUUCGAAGAUCUUUUCACAUUUAGAACCUUUUUCGAAAUUGUCGGUUUUGACAUUAUCACAAUCAGAUCCUCCUUACUAUGUUCUUGGUAACAUUAACGGAGAUUUACUUCUCAAAGAACUUGGAUCAAAUCUUCCCGCAAGAGAAUACAUUAAAUUUGCGAUAGAUCUAAAUUUUGAAUUCACUUCUGAAUCGUUACGGUCUUUUUUUCAGAUCACAAAAGCAAAAUUCUCGACUCUCUCCUUUUCGGCUAGUGAAGUCAUUUCAGAUGAACAUUUGGAGGUAUUUAUUGAAUUCACGGAUAGUCACCAAAUAAAUGAAAUUGAUCUUUCAACUGCGAAAUAUUUAACGACGGAAGCAUUAGAGAAUGCUAAGAAAUAUAUACCUGCUGUGAAUGGAAUUCCAAUGGAGGAGAGUGACGAAAGUGAUGAUGAAAGUCCUUUUGAUGCUGAAGGAAGGUUGUGGAGAAAACAGAGUUUACUCAGAUAUGGUUAUUGGGAUUGA